UCGAACAAUCAAGUUGUAAAAUCUGAAGUAUUAGAUGAUCAAGCUGCAGAACUUGAAACAUUAAAUUGUCAAGACAAAGAUCUAGAAGUGCUAAUUGCAUAUGAUAGCACAGAUAAUCUUUCUGAUGUUAAUGAACACUGGUACAAAGACAUAUUACAAGGAGUUGAUAUAACAAAUAAUGAAUUUAUACCUAUUUCUUUGAAUAUAUUGAUAUCAACAUCAAAAGUACAUUCUUUACCAAUACAAUUUUUGUAUAAUAGAUUUGACGUUAAUAGAGUUGAAGAAUUUGCAAAUAAAUUAGAAAGAAAAGUAAUAAUCAAUGCAAUUAAGAAUAAUAAUGAAGAUAUUAAUCAUGAACUUCUUGGGUUUUUUAUAUUAAUUCAAAAAAGAACAUUACAAAGAAUCAUUAAUGAGAUUAGUAGUAUUGAUGAAUUUAACUAUAAUAUUAACAAUAAUAGUUGCAUAAUAGGUAUUCAAAAUUCUAUUAAGAGAAGACCAAAAGGUUAUUUUAAAUUAAAAAGAAUUGCAAAUACUUUUGAGAAAUCUGAUACAAAAAUGAGUUAUGAAGAUAGCAAUUAUAAAGAAUUAUUAGCAACUUCUACAAGUCAUGAAUAUGUUCAAGAAAUAUUAGAUACAGAAGAAUCUGAUAUUAGACCAAGUAAUGUUAUGAUAUUGAUUUCGAUACCUAUACAACUAAUUGAUUUUCAAAAUUAUGAAAAUACACAAAAAAAAUAUGUUUGUCAUAAAAAGGAUCAUAAUGCUCAAACUUGUUCAAAUAAUAUUUAG